AUGUGUGCAGCUUCGGACCGCCAUCCCACGUUCAAGGCGAGCUUCGCCGAGAGAGCCAGCAAUGCCUCCCACCCGCUACUCAACUACUUGUUCCGGCUCAUGGAAUUGAAGAAGUCGAAUCUGUGUCUUAGUGCCGAUGUUACCUCCGCUCGCGAACUUCUCACCCUAGCUGAUCGAAUUGGACCAUCCAUUGUCGUGCUCAAGACGCAUUACGAUCUCGUCGCCGGAUGGGAUUAUCAUCCGCAAACUGGCACCGGUCCUAAGUUAGGUGCUCUUGCGAGGAAGCAUGGUUUCCUUAUCUUCGAGGACAGGAAGUUUGGGGACAUUGGCAGCACGGUCCAGUUACAGUACACCGCUGGAACCGCGCGGAUCAUCGAUUGGGCACAUAUCGUAAACGUCAACAUGAUUCCCGGCAAGGCCGCUGUUACUGCGCUUCAACAAGCAGCCGCCCGGUGGCGUUCCCGUGUCAAUUAUGAAGUGAGGACAUCGGUCUCUGUUGGAACCCCAGUCUCGGACGAGUUUGACGAAAAUGGUAGUGAGGAUGGACAACCUACAACUGCACUGUCGCCGUCAAAAGAUCCCCCACCGUCGUCAAACUUCCGCACUGAUCAUAACGGUAGAAAAGGGAGUAUCGUGUCCAUUACUACCCUCACGCAAUCAUUCGAACCGGUAGACUCGCCGCGCUUUGGUAACUCUAUCGCGGAAGGCGAUGAGCUUGUAUACGCAGGGAUUGAGGAGCCCCCUUGGGAGCGAGGGCUCCUAAUAUUAGCACAGAUGUCUAGCGAGGGAAAUCUAAUGACUAAGGAGUACACGCAGGCCUGUGUUGAAGCCGCGAGAGAACAUAAGGACUUUGUGAUGGGUUUCAUUUCCCAGGAAACCCUUAACAGCGAAAACACGGAUUCCUUCAUCUCUAUGACCCCAGGCUGCCAACUACCUCCUGAAGAAAACGAAGAAGACGGUGGCGUUGCGGGCGAUGGGCUUGGCCAACAAUAUAACACACCCACGAAGCUUGUAGGACAGUGUGGUAGCGAUAUUGUUAUCGUGGGGCGAGGUAUUCUCAAGGCGGCAUCUCCACAAGUGGAAGCUGAACGGUAUCGAAGAAAGGCAUGGAAAGCAUAUCUCGGCCGGAUAGAACAGCGGGCGUGA